CUGAGUCGCCAGAGCCAGAGCCCGGCCCUGGGGAGAUGGCUGUGGUCUCAGCCGCCGAGAGCAGUGGAGAGAGCUCGCCGCAGCCCCAUGUCGCAGCCAGGGCUCCCUUCCCCAGCCCCCGCCUGUGGAUGUGAUGGCGGCUCCUGCUCUGUCCUGGUGUCUGUCCCUCCUCGCCUUCCUCCUGCCCUCGGCCAUCCCUUGGGCAUCCACCGCGGUGAAUGACACUUUCACGCUCACCUGCUUCUACAACUCGAAGGCCAACAUCUCCUGUGUCUGGAGCCGGGAUGGGGGCCUGCAGGCCACAUCCUGCCACGUCCACGCCCAGCCUGACAGACGGCCCUGGAACAAAUCCUGUGAGCUGCUCCCAGCGGGCCCGGCAUCCUGGUCCUGCAACCUGAUCCUGGGAUCCCCGGAUUCCCAGAAACUGACCUCAGCAGACGUCGUCAGCAUGAGGGUGAUGUGCCUGGAGGGGGAGCGGUGGAGGAGGGUGAUGACCCAGGACUUCAAGCCCUUUGACAACCUUCGCCUGAUGGCCCCUGACUCCCUCCAAGUCACCCAGGAGGGGAGCCACACAUGCAACAUAACCUGGACCGUCCCCCAGUCCUCCCACUACAUUGAAAGAUACCUGGAGUUUGAGGCCCGGACAAGGUCCCUGGACCACAGUUGGGAGGAGGCCUCCCUGCUGACCCUCAGGCAGAACCAGCAAUGGAUCUUCCUGGAGACACUCGCUCCAGACACCGCGUAUGAGCUUCAGGUGCGGGUCAGGGCCCAGCGAGGCAGCCUCCUGACCUGGAGCCCCUGGAGCCAGCCCCUGGCCUUCAGGACGCGGCCCGAAGACCAGCUCCUGGCCGGGAGGAGGCCUGACGCCCCUUCAUUGGGCCACAUCCUCGUGGGCCUCUGCGGUGCCUUGGGCUUCAUCAUCGUAGUCUACCUGCUGGUCAACUGCCAGUACCUCGGGCCGUGGUUCAAGAAGGUUCUGAAGUGUCACAUCCCAGACCCCUCAGAGUUCUUUUCCCAGCUGAGCUCAGAGCACGGAGGAGAUUUCCAGAAGUGGCUCUCCUCGCCCUUCCCCUCGUCCUCCUUCAGCCCCAGCGGCCCGGCCCCCGAGAUCUCCCCGCUGGAGGUGCUGGACAGGGACGCCAAGGCCACACAGCUGCUCCUGCUGCGGCAGGACAAGGGGCCCUCGCCCCCUCUUGAGACCAGCGGCCACUCGCUGACCAGCUGCUUCACCAACCAAGGCUACUUCUUCUUCCACCUGCCGGAUGCGCUGGAGAUCGAGGCCUGCCAGGUGUACUUCACCUACGACCCCUGUGGCGAGGAGCUGGACGAGGACGGGCCCGGAGUACCCGAGGGGUCUCUCCUCCCAUCCCUGCCGCUGCCGCCAGGGGAGGAUGAUGCCUACUGCACCUUCCCCCCCAGGGAUGACCUGCUGCUCUUCUCCCCCAGUCUCCUCAGUGGCCCGAGCACCCCAAACACUGCCCUGGGGGGCACUGGGGCUGGUGAAGAAAGGCUGCCGCCCUCCCUGCAGGAGGGAGUCCCCAAAGACUGGGCCCCCCAGCCCCUGGGGCCUCCCACCCCAGGAGCCACUGGCCUGGUGGGUUUCCAGUCGCCCCAGGAGAAUGCGCUGGGAGAAGCAGGAGAGGAGGGCGCUGGCCCUGGCCCUGGCCCUGGGGAGGGGUCUGGCCUUCCCUGUGCCAGCCCUCCUGGGCAAUGCCAGGUCAGGGCCCCCACCUCCUGCCUGCCCCUGAACACUGAUGUAUACCUGUCCCUCCAAGAGCUCCAGGACCAGGACCCGGCCUACUUGGCGUAGACAGACGGCUGGGGCGCGCCAGGCCCCGUGGGGACUCUCUAUCUUCAAGGCUUGUCCACUGCUGAACUCCUCAGUGUCCAGCUGCCCCUUGGACGCCUUCGCUCAGAUAGCCCCGACCAGGCCCUGCACACUCAGCCUUCAGUUCCAAACCUCAGCUGCUGCUCCCUGAUCCUACUCACUGUCCCAGCCAGGAACUGCGGGGGACACUGGCUCCCCCAUCGGUCAUGGGGUGCCCUGGACUUUACCUCUGAGGCAUCGCUCCUCCCCAGCCGACAGCUGCUCCGCAAGGCGAGUGCUCCUGUCUCUGGGGGUCUGCACGACCUCCUUUUGGGGCUUCCUGCCCCGUCUCAACCCAUCUCACCCCCUUUCACCCACCCUCCAUGGGGCAGCCAGAGCGCUCCCUCCAAAGCACAAACAAGGCCAUGCCGUCCCUGGGACCCCUCUGAUCUCAGCCCAUUUCCGGGCCUGUCCCUGGCCCUCCAGCAUCACGUUGGUCGUUCCCUUCUGGAACCCUCUCAGCAGUCCUCCUGAGCCUUGGAGCUCCCUCAUGCCCCCGCACCUUUGCACGUGCCGUUCUCUGUGCCUGGGGUGCCCUCUCCUAUCUCAUCGAGGCGACAGACUCCCCUUACCCUUCAAGCGUGGGAUCAGCUUCCCUGGAGGGAAACACCGCCUCCCUUCACGAGCCCGAGCCUUGAGAUUCGGCGCUGGAGUUGUCAGGGUCGCAGGGCGGCUGGAUAAAGAGGCCUUGCCAUUUCCCUUUGGGAUCGCUGUGACCUCAGAAAGCUUGACUACUGCAUCUUUAAGGCUGCGGCCCAAGUACGGACAGAAAUCCCCCAGUGACGUGGACACCGGCUGGAUCCUUCCACGGAGCCAUAAGGCAGGCUGCUGGAAAGAGACCCCUCCUGGUGGCAGUAGCCCACUCCUGGGUCCCGCCUCCUCCGCCCUCCGCUGCAGGGCUCUCUUCCGCAGCCCAGGGGCUGGCACACCUCCUAAAGGGCCGCUCCAUUCAUUGCACUUGACUCGGUGUACUUGGCACCCCACCGUGUUCCCCGGAUGAAUGGAUGAACUGUCAGGUACCACCUUGCCUGGGCUUCCUGCACCCAGCUGCCUUCUUGCAGGGGAUGCCAUCCACCUCACACCCUGGGCACCUGACCCUUCUGAAGUCAGGACUCAGAGAGGCGAAGCCCCCUGCCCACUGGGUCCAGCAUGCCCGCUCCAGGACUGCCCAUCCCCUCCCAUGGCAGUCCUCUUCUCCUACCUUCUUCUCAGGGUUCCCCACCACACCUUCACUUCCUCUCCCUCUUCCCUGGUGUUAGGAGGGAGGGAGCCCAGGGUCCGGUGCUGCCACUGCAAGGCAGAUGGUGACGAGAUAAUGGACCCUCCCUGGAAUCCAUAACGACCUCCACACAGACACAGACUCCUUCCUGAAAACCCCCACACAGACACGGACUCCUUCCUG